CUGAGCAGCAGUAACAUCCUAGCACAUUCCUGGGCUUUAGUGGGCUGCCAGCAUCUGAUUAGAAGCAUACAGUAUCCAAGGGGCUGUGAGUGGCUGAGCUGCUCUACGCAGGAGGAGGAGGAGGAGGACUGGGAGCUGCAAGGCUUCACACUACUGACAGCCCCAGACCCCAGCAGAGGACAACAUUUCCAGAGCUCCCAGUGGCUGCAGUGACUGGUGGAAAUAUGGCCUUACUUUGAGAGCUGAUUUCGGGGAGAUCCUCUGUCAUUGGUCCGUAGUGUUUUUAAUGAUACUGACAUUGUGAGGCAGGCCUCCAAACAUGUCUACUGAUGUAGAAUCCUGCACCAGCACUUCAACUGAUGUGGCUCCAGCCGCCAAACCAGCGACAAAGAAGGAAAAGAAAAAAGCUCCGGAGAAGACAGAUGAAUUCCUUCUGGCCAGAUUUAAAGGGGAUGGAGUACGAUAUAAAGCCAAAUUAAUUGGAAUUGAUGAUGUGCCGGAAGCACGUGGCGAUAAAAUGAGUCAGGACUCCAUGAUGAAGCUGAAGGGCAUGGCAGCCGCAGCUCGAUCUCAGGGACAACACAAGCAGCGGAUCUGGGUGAACAUUUCACUUGCUGGCAUAAAAAUAAUUGAUGAGAAAACUGGGGUAAUCGAGCAUGAACAUCCCGUUAAUAAGAUUUCUUUCAUCGCCCGAGAUGUGACUGACAACCGAGCGUUCGGCUACGUCUGCGGAGCUGAAGGACAGCAUCAGUUCUUCGCCAUAAAAACGGCGCAGCAGGCUGAACCUCUAGUUGUGGAUCUGAAAGAUUUAUUCCAGGUCAUCUAUAACACAAAGAAAAAGGAAGAUGAAGACAAGAAGAAGAAUGAAGACGGUAACCAGCCAGUAGAGAAUGGAAGUGAUGCUUUGCUUAGCAUUAACAACGAUGUCGACAAAAUGAAACUAGGUGUUGACCAGAUGAAUUUAUUUGGUGAUAUGUCCACACCGCCAGAUCUCAACAGUCCGACCGACAGUAAUGAUUUCCUGUUAGUGGAUUUAAACACUGAAAUCGACACCAAUCAGAACUGUGUUAAAGGGAACCCUUUCGCCUGCAAUGGCGUCCUCCACGCUCCCUCCUCUUCUCUUUCCGCAGCGCCAUCACCUUUCUCAUCUGAAAACCCAUUUUCCACCAAUCUCAGCUUCUUCCCUGCACCUAAUCCAGAUCCAUUCUGCGAUGAUCCGUUCACCGCUAAAGACCAAUCAGCCUCUGUCUCUUCUUCAGUUAAUUCUUCCAAAUCUGUCAAUCCUAAGGCGGAAAUUGUGAAAAGCGUCACGAACGGCCCCGCCGCUAACGGCGCUCUCGCUGACGACAUUGUGUUUGGACAGCAGUUUGACCAAAUUUCAGGCCAGUCUGGUAAACAGGAAGCCAAGUCUGACCAGUGGCCCUUUAAAGCUAGCCAGUCAGGGCCCGUGACCAGGACUCACAAUGGUGUGGUACUAGGACACGGUCAAUGUAGUCCUAAGAGCAGGCCGCUGCCCGAUCCCUUCACUGACUCGACGCCCCAUGGAGGGGGUGUGCAAAACGGAUUGCGAAGGAACUCGGAGGGGAGUACCAGCCACAAGAAAGACAAUGGCAGUCCGCAUCCGGCAGACCCUAUAGCUAUUAGCCCCCCGCCGCAAAGCGCCAAGCCCGGAAGAGGACGGAGAAGUGUCAAGCCAACUUCUGAUGACAUAUUUGGGUCAGACAUAUUUACUUCAAAUUCAGGAGCAAACCCUGAGCCGGCCUCAUCGGUCACUGUUCCAGCCCCGACGAGUUCAGUACAACCUAAUCCUCUGGAUCUCUUCAGUAAAACUAGUUUGUCCACUGUUCCAGUCAUUGGAGGUCCUGGUUCUUUGCCAAUGAAUUCAUCUCAGCAGUGGAAUCCACAGCCCUUGAUCUAUAGCCAAUCACCAGCUACAAUUCCAAAUCCGGCACUGGCUGCACAAAAUAGCUUCAAUCCAUCAAAUGUUUUCUCGUCUCCAUCAGCGAUGGUGUCCUGGAGUCAGCCGACACAGUUUGUAGUACCCCCACCCAUGCAAAACCCCCCAGUGUGGAAUCAACCAGUACCUGCAUGGCCCCAACAGUCAACGAACCCAUUCCAAAUGAACAUGUUUCCAGCUAGACCACCAACUUUACUCAACUCAACCCUGGGAUUAAUCCAGUCAGGUCCUGGUUUAUUAGCAAGUCCCCCACAGCUACCACCAAGACCGGCACCAGUGAAGGAAGAUCCAAAGAAGGAAAGUGAUGCUUUUACUGCUCUGGAUCCAUUGGGAGAGAAGGAAAAGAAGAAUGUGAAAGAUAUGUUCAAAGACUAUCAGUUGGCUAAGCCUCCUGCUGUGCCAGCGAGGCGCGGGGAGCAGCAGAAUAACUCUAUCAGCACCUCCGGAGCUUUUUCAAAUUAUUUUAACAGUAAAGUUGGAAUUCCACAAGAAAGCGCGGACCACGAUGAUUUUGACAUUACUCAGCUGUCUUCUAAGUUGAAUGAGCCACCAAAGCCAGUCCCGCGGGCGCACCUACUGCCAGUAUCCAAACCUACAGAAGGGCUGUUUGAAACCCCCUUUGGAUCAGCCUCAUUUGGCGCUUCUUUCCAAAACUCAAACUCCACGGCACAUGCGAUAAAAGCUGCUGAUCCAUUUGGGGACCCAUUUGGAAAUCCAUUUGCUUAGGAAUAAUCUUUUACGGUUCCUCUGUGGACAGAGCAGAACUGACAGGAGCAGGGGAUCCUUUCAUCUAUUUCAGUGGCAAUUGUCGCCCCCUUCUGACCGCUGAUUAUUUUUACACAUUGUCUUCUUAUCGGGGCAGACUAAACUGGAAACCAAAUAUCAUCCGCGGCGCUCCCAACUGCACAUCCUCCACGCCAAUGCAAGCAGUCCUCCACAAGGCCAUCUAUCUCAGCAGGAUGCACCCACCACCCUUCCUCCUCCCCAUUUGUUAAUUUUUAAUUUUGCAGGUCAUGAUAAUUCAGCCUCUUGUCUUCCUGUAUGGGUGACCACCAGUUACACACAUGUACAGAUAUAUCAGGCUCCGUUCACACCAGCGUCCUGCUAUUCCAGGCUAGUGUGCCAAGUUAGAAACUCGGCUCUGCUAUAUCUACAUGUACUAGAGAAGGAAGCUUACAGCAUCAUAGGGAUAUUAAAAGGAAUGCAUGAGAUUAGAAAUAAAAAGGUUCUGCUUUUUUUUGCCCAUAUACAGCACCACUCGAUGGUUGGAUCUGGCAUUACAACUCAGCUCUUUCCGACUGGGUGGUGCUUAGCAGAAAUACCAGACACCGCCAUGUACAAAACCUGUCCCUGCUUUCUAAUUCCCAACAACCCCCUUAAUGAAUUUGGAAUCUCAUUAACAAAAGUAAAUAAAAAACAAAUCACAUUGCUGGAGUCACAUGGGUGUCCCGGUUGCUGUUGCUCCUGGUGGGUGGAGUCUUAUAAUCUGUACCCACUAAACAAAAAUCUUAUUGGUCCAUUAAUACCAAUGGGAGCACUCAAUAUCCAUUGCAAAGCAUAUCCAUCAAGUGUCCUGUAAAAACAGAUCCCAAGGCACUAGUGUGACCAGUAUAUAAAUGGAAAUAGUAGUUCUCAUAAUAGAGCAGAUCUGAAGCUGGAAAUUCCAUCUCCAUCAGCAGGAACCAAGUAGUAUUAUUGGCACCCAUAUGAGUGUAGACAGCAGGAGGGCAACUACAGAUACUUAAAUCCCAUAAUAGAAGGUUUAACGUUCCUCCAGGGUGGAGCUUAGCUCUUAUGUACACACCCAUGACUAUGUGAGAAGAAGCAGCUGACGAUCAACUGCUGGCGUUAUCUGUGCAAAUUAAAGAAUGGAAGUUAGUGGUUGACAUUAAUGAGUGCUACUUACUGGCUUGCACCUACCUGGAGAACAGACAGAGAUAGUUUGGGUUUGGGGGUUAUCACAACUGCACCUACAAAGCCAAGUUCUUUCUUCAAGCCACUAGAGGGCACUGAGAAACACAUGAGAAUAUCUGUGUCACCCAUGCUUUACACAAUGGGGAGUUUUCCCAGCAUGCUUCAUGGUCGGAAACUGAGUGAUCUUCCCCCGAGGAGCUGUAAAUGGUCAUUGCCUAAACUUCCCAACACAAAGCAGAAAAAAAUACUAGUAAAAGGCAGUAUUCUUGGAAAUGCAGAAAUACUCCUAUAAUCCGACAUCCAUAGGAACCUGAUGAAUCUCAGAUUAUCAGAUGAAUAUAUAAAACUCACUUGAUGAAGGGUAUAUAUUGAUGGUCUCUGGAAAUCCAUGCUGGAUUAUCAUGUUCUCUGGAUUAUCAGGUUUCCUAUAUAAAGGAAUUUCACUGUUUAUUGAACCUUUAUGAUGUUCCCAUCACUAUAAGCAAAGUAAUUAAAGGGCAUUUGCCAGCAGGAUCAACCCUAUUAAACCAGCCGUAAUGCCUGGUAAGGCUGACCCUGCUGAUUAAGACCAUAAAUUGCUGAAUCAGACCAACUCAGUUCCCCUUAGCUCCUUCACUAUGCUUCCCUUCUGUUUGAUUGACAUAACCAAAAGUCCAAGUGGAAGGUGAAGUGUCCAGGGAAGUACUGUGGAAGAGCUAAUGUGCACUGAGUGAUUAGGGUGCACUUAAGCCCUUAUUUGCAUAUUUUUUAGAAACAUUUAUCCUAAACGCAGCAGAAAAUCAGGCAAAGAACGGCGUGGCUUUAAUCUGCAGGGUCAGCCCUACAAUACAUUAUGGCUGCUUUAAUAGAGUUCAUCCUGCUGGUGAAUAAAAAAAAAAUUCCUUAAAGGGGAUGUUAGGUUUAGACAGCCCCUUAGUGGCUACAAAGAGCGCCUCUUGCUCUGGAGGACCUGCCCUGCCCUACAGUACACAGACAGACCAUUCUUUUUAAUGGAAACAGUGUAAUACUUUAUUUCCCCUGUGGAGGCGCUGCAGGGUAAUUGAACACUGUUCUUUGAUUGCUGGAGGGUUUGCCCUCAGAUUUUUGCUUAUCCUCGGGCAGCCUUCAAGCAAAAAUAUAUAGUCCGAAGUGGACAAGCCCUUUAAGCUUUCUAAAAUUUUGUAUUCACCAUACCAAAAAGUCAUUUGCUCACCACCCGACGACCUGCCUGGAUUUUGGGAAUGUGGACUCUUCUGAGAUGCCUCCAGGACUAUGGCAGCCAUUUUACUAACACAGAAGUAAUUUUUGUCUCCUGAUGGAUUUAACUAUUUGAUACUUAAAGAAACCUAUAAGCUGUUAACCCACCCGCGGCCACGGAACCUUCCGGAUUUACUCCAGAAUGGCUUCAAUUUCUACUAAAACCAUACUCCGCACAGCGAAUAUUUUUGGUAUCUUCCGUUUUUUUUCUCUAGCAGUUGAUCUGGUAUCAGCUCGGAAAUACGGCCGAGGAUGUCUUUUGAUAAACCGAACUCUUCAUGAUGAACUGGAAAUAGGAAAUUACCAAUCACAGAUAUAUAUAUAUAGACUUGGUAAACUGGAAUCGAAUCUUGAUUUGUCGAGCAGGGUCACGUGACCCUCUGCCUAUACUAUCCUCCUAUCAAUGCACUUUUUGUAUGAUUUCUGGCUAUGUAAUAGACUUUUCAGAUCUUUCGUAAAUUUUCUUUGCCCUCUCUGUAUAAACUCAAAUUGUGCGCCUUAUAUAAUGUAUUAAAAGAGAUAUAUAUAUUGA